AUGACUCAUCCCGACCGGUCGCAAUGGAAACGUGUGGACGUAGUUGUGCCUGCUGGUCCCUUGGGUCUCAUCGUGAGUAAAAGCUCAAUUGGAGAGGGACAUGUCAUUGUGGAUGGAUUUCGUCCUGUUGGAGACUCAGCCGAGCCCGGAGCUUUGGAAAAACAGGGCGAAAUUGGCCCCAAUUCCAUACUAUUGGGUGUGAAUGCACACGACUUCACGGACGUCACUGCAAAUUGGAGCUUUGAAAAAAUUCGUGAGGUUCUUGUCAGCACCAGUGGUACAGAACGCACCGUGCGUUUCCUCGUGCCUCCUCCACCUCCUGAUGUACAAUUUGAGGAGAUCGCAGCCCACGAAAGCGAUAAACGCUUUGCUGAUAUGUACACACUUGGCAAGGAACUCGGAGCGGGUACAUUUUCUGUAGUUAGGGAAGCGACACACAAGACAACGGGUGAACGCUUUGCUAUUAAGUGCAUCAAGCGAGCACAACUCUCGGCCGACGAUUUGGAGGCUCUCGUGGCUGAAGUUAAGAUUUUACAGGAAAUGCAGCAUCCGCAUAUUGUCAAGCUUUAUGAUGUAUUUCAAGAAGACAAGUACUUUUUCCUUGUAACUGAGUACAUGGCUGGUGGCGAGCUAUUUGAGCGGAUAGUCGAGAAGAAUUUUUAUUCGGAAAGAGAGGCACGAGACCUUGUCAAGGUGCUGCUGGAAACUAUAGCCUUUUGUCACAGCGCAGACGUUGUUCACCGCGACUUAAAGCCGGAAAAUCUUCUUCUGAGUAGCGCAGAUGAUGAUGCAGAUAUCAAGCUUGCGGACUUUGGGUUUGCCAAGAAAGCAUUAGUUAAAGGAGAUGUUGGGCUGUCGACGGCCUGUGGCACGCCUGGAUACGUUGCACCUGAGAUCUUGAUGUCCAAGCCUUACGGAAAGGAGGUGGAUAUCUGGAGUAUCGGUGUCAUCACUUAUAUAUUGCUGUGUGGAUAUCCACCAUUCCACCACGACAACCAGAGCAUGCUGUUCAGAUUGAUCAAGGCUGGUCGGUAUGAGUUCGACUCGCCCUACUGGGAUGAUGUCUCUGCUGAGGCUAAGGAUCUAAUCAGUAAGAUGCUUCUUUUGCAACCAGCGGAGCGCUGGACAGCAAGCCAACUUUUGGAGCACCCGUGGAUUUCUCAGGAUGUCGUCAAGGACGUGCAACUUACCACAGCGCUAGAGGAGCUGCGCAAGUUUAACGCACGCCGGAAAUUUCGUGCAGCAGUAAGUACUGUAAAGGCCACAAUCUCGCUCACGAAAGCUCUCACACUUGGUGGAAGCCCACGCAGCAUUAAGAACAGCGGAGAUGGCGAGGAACAGCGUUCAAACAGUGCUCCUGCUGUUGUUCAUGGCUCAGAGACAGUCGACACCUUGCCACCUCCUCCGCAUACACCUCAAUGA